GAGACACAGGCGGGCAUCGGAGAGCUCCGCGCCCUGAAACAAAGUCGCUUGCCCCCGUCUCAAGUGUUUGCUUCGAAAUCGCUGCCUGCGGUCCCCCACCCUCAUCCCAUUCCCGCGCAGCUCCUGCCCCCUGUGAGAAUAAGGACUAAAUAAACAAUUGUAACUGCAAACCUUGCGCCUGCGAACGUAUCCCUAUCCCAGCCCCUUCCCCCUUCCCCCUUCCCUCCCCCCUCCUUUUUUGUUGUUGCAACUUUGUAAGAUCCCGGCGAAGGUGCUCAGACUUUGCUCGGGCCGGUUUCCCGGUCUCGGGAUCCUUGCAGGGAUUCCCUGAGACACAUCCUCUCUUCUCUCCACGCGCGCUCGCGGGUCCUCGGAGCCCGCCGCCCUCGCAGUCUUGGUCCCCCAGCCUACUCACUCAUACCGCCCCCUCAGUUCCCCCCAACCUGCACCCGGAAGACUUGCUGAGGGUCGCCCCGGUUUCUUGUCGAUCGCAGAACCCGAAAGUUAGCAAGAGGGAGAAGAGAGCGCGCGGCGAGCCAGCGGGCCAGGGGCAGCAGCAGCGGCGCGGGGGACCAUGGUACUGCCGGCGCCUCCUCCGCGGGCGUAAAGGAGGCGCUCCCACUCCCUCCCUGGACUCCGCGGUGUCCCAGGAGCUUUUGCUGACAAUUCCAGUUCCCAAACGAAACAUUUGGGCAAUGGUGAGGGCUUCGAUCCCUUCUCUGAUUUGCUGUCAACUAUGAAUGGGUGGAUGUGAAGCCUGCUGGCCAAAAGGUGUCCUUCGGUGUGUCGCAGUCCUAUGGCAUUAUGCAUGCCCCCAACCAGUGACCCCCAGGCUUUUUAUGGCUGUGAGACAUAUUGAAAGGGUAAGAAGUGACCUUUUGAGGUGACUAUAACUGAAGAUUGCUUUACAGAAGCCAAAAAAGGUUUUUGAGUCAUGAUGCAAGAAUCUGGGCCUGAGACAAAAAGUAACGGUUCAGCCAUCCAGAAUGGGUCGAGCAGCGGCAACCACUUACUAGAGUGCGGCGGUCUUCGGGAAGGGCGGUCCAACGGGGAGGCGCCGGCCGUGGACGUGGGGGCAGCCGACCUGGCCCACGCGCAGCAGCAGCAGGCACUUCAAGUGGCGAGACAGCUCCUCCUGCAGCAGCAACAACAGCAGCAUGUUAGUGGGUUAAAAUCUCCCAAGAGGAAUGACAAGCAACCAGCCCUUCAGGUCCCCGUGUCAGUGGCUAUGAUGACACCUCAAGUUAUCACUCCCCAGCAAAUGCAGCAGAUCCUCCAGCAACAAGUUCUGAGCCCUCAGCAGCUCCAGGUCCUCCUUCAGCAGCAGCAAGCCCUCAUGCUUCAACAGCAGCAGCUUCAAGAGUUUUAUAAAAAACAACAGGAACAGUUGCAGCUUCAACUUUUACAACAACAACAUGCUGGAAAACAGCCUAAAGAGCAGCAGCAGGUGGCCACCCAGCAGUUGGCUUUUCAGCAGCAGCUUCUACAGAUGCAGCAGUUACAGCAGCAGCACGUCCUGUCUUUGCAGCGCCAAGGCCUCCUAACGAUUCAGCCCGGGCAGCCUGCCCUUCCCCUCCAGCCCCUCGCCCAAGGCAUGAUUCCAACAGAACUGCAGCAGCUCUGGAAAGAAGUGACAAGUGCUCAUACUGCAGAAGAAACCACAGGCAACAAUCACAGCAGCUUGGAUCUGACCACGACAUGUGUCUCUUCCUCGGCCCCUUCCAAGACCUCCUUAAUAAUGAACCCACAUGCCUCUACCAAUGGACAGCUCUCAGUCCACACCCCCAAAAGGGAAAGUUUGUCCCAUGAGGAGCACUCCCACAGCCACCCCCUCUAUGGACAUGGAGUGUGCAAGUGGCCAGGCUGUGAAGCAGUGUGUGAAGAUUUCCAGUCGUUUCUGAAACAUCUCAACAGCGAGCAUGCUCUGGACGAUAGAAGUACAGCCCAAUGUAGAGUACAAAUGCAGGUUGUACAGCAGUUAGAGCUACAGCUUGCAAAAGACAAAGAGCGCCUUCAAGCCAUGAUGACACAUCUGCACGUGAAGUCUACGGAGCCCAAAGCCGCCCCCCAGCCCCUGAAUCUGGUAUCAAGUGUCACACUCUCUAAGUCUGCAUCAGAGGCUUCUCCACAGAGCUUACCUCAUACUCCAACCACCCCGACUGCCCCCAUCACCCCCGUCACCCAAGGCCCCUCCGUCAUCACCACCACCAGCAUGCACACGGUGGGACCCAUCCGCAGGCGGUACUCAGACAAAUACAACGUGCCCAUUUCUUCAGAUAUUGCGCAGAACCAAGAAUUUUAUAAGAACGCCGAAGUUAGACCACCAUUUACAUAUGCAUCUUUAAUUAGGCAGGCCAUUCUCGAAUCUCCAGAGAAGCAGCUAACACUAAACGAAAUCUAUAACUGGUUCACACGGAUGUUUGCUUACUUCCGGCGCAACGCGGCCACGUGGAAGAAUGCAGUGCGUCAUAAUCUUAGUCUUCACAAGUGUUUUGUGCGAGUAGAAAACGUUAAAGGGGCAGUAUGGACAGUGGAUGAAGUAGAAUUCCAAAAACGAAGGCCACAAAAGAUCAGUGGUAACCCUUCCCUUAUUAAAAACAUGCAGAGCAGCCACGCCUACUGCACACCUCUCAAUGCGGCUUUACAGGCUUCGAUGGCUGACAAUAGUAUACCUCUAUACACUACCGCUUCCAUGGGAAAUCCGGCCCUGGGCAACUUAGCCAGUGCAAUACGGGAAGAGCUGAAUGGGGCGAUGGAGCACACCAACAGCAACGAGAGCGACAGCAGCCCAGGCAGAUCCCCUAUGCAAGCCGUGCAUCCUGUACAUGUCAAAGAAGAGCCGCUCGACCCAGAGGAAGCUGAAGGGCCUCUCUCCUUAGUGACAACAGCCAACCACAGUCCAGAUUUUGACCAUGACAGAGAUUACGAAGACGAACCAGUAAAUGAGGACAUGGAAUGAACGUCUGGGCGGGCCAACCCCAAAAAUGAAGAUUGGGAAAAAACAAAACACGUCAAAAGUUAGCGGUGAAAUUGUUCUCCAUUUGUUGUACAGUCUGGAGGAGUUUCACUACAUUUUGACAACUCUGAAAUGUGUUAACUCUUAGUGCCAUCAAGAAUCCCAUUUGGGAGUAUUUUUGAUUUUUCUACUUUUUGUUGAAAAAAGGAAUUUGUACUCUGUGCAUUGGAUGGACUUGUUUGGUACUUGGGAUUUUCCUCUCUUAACAGUCAACAUCUGUUGUAAAUUUGCUAAACUGAUUCACUUUUAGCAGCAGACUUUGAACUGCAGUCCUGCCGACGUCGGACACUGAGGACACCCAGCUGAGCAUGUGCACCUGAGCUGCAGACCAGGCCUCUGCCCGGGAAUAAGGACUCCAGUGGACGACCUAUUUGCACAGUACUGCAUGUUGAUUAUCACUGCCUUUACUCUUUUGGUUUUUUUGUUUUGUUUUGUUUUGCUUCCAGGUGGGAUGGGGAAGGCCUUUGUGUGUGUAUUGGGGGGAGGGGUUAAAAAAUAAUUAUCCCAAACUUUUUAAUGUAUUGCUUUUUUUUUUUUUUUUGCUUCUACUAUACCAUUUUAAGUUCUGACCUCAGGCCUCCAUUUGGGCCCAUGGCCUCUUGGAGGCUUAAAGUUUUCUGUACCUUGUGAUGAAUGUUAAUAGGUGUUUUUAUUAUACAAAGCUGAAUGUCAUUUCUUGUUUGUAGUUUUCUGUCACUCAUUCCAUUUUCCUUCAGACAUCACCAUGUUUUCUCUAAAGUCAGAGAACAUUCCGUUUUGGUCUUUUUCAAAAAGGUCCCAAAUGCUGCACUCUUCACAUGAAGACCCUCUCACACAGAUGUGAAGUCCUGCCAGAAAGAGAAUGAAUGACAGAAAAAAAAUUAGACACACUCUAGGAACAAUGCAGAUUCAUUCCACAAAGCAGUAUUGGAAGUGGGAAGGGGUUGUUUCAGAUUUUCCUAUUUUUUUGCCAUAGCAUUUUACCAGCACAAGGAACCAUAGGCAGCACCCCAAAAAAAAUCUCACAGUAGUUAGCCUGACAGUCUAUCUGUGGAAGGCUCUCCCUUGUGUAAGCAAGUUGUGAUGCCACGGGCGCUCUGUACUUAGAACCAGCUUGUGUUGCUCUGUUUGCAGAAUGACCAAAACCUGGCUCCCCUGAGCAACUUUACUGGAAGUGGCGAGUGGUGGUGGUGGUGAUGGUGCUGAAUUUAAACAUCAGUUCAGACCUGCUUGGUGGCAUUAAUCUGUUUGAAUGUAAAUUAGGUUUCAGAUUGAACUUGUUAUGGGAGUUAAUGAAGACUGAAUUCAGCAAAUGCUAACGUGUUCAUUUCAAAUGUGCAAAUUUGCUACUGCCGUUUAGUUUGUUAUGCAAUAUUAUCACACCAACCCAAUAUAAAACUAACAGUAGAAGACAUCAAGUGGAUGGGGGCACAUCUCAGCCCUGGGCUCUUGGGGAGAUGAAUGUGGCAUGCAGGAUGUGACGGUCAUCUGUUGGUACCACCGCAGUCCUUAGAACCCCUGAACACUUCCACUCUGCACCCACUUUCCUGUCACUCAUUUAUUUAUCUAGGACCAUAGCUUUUGUUUUUAGUUGGAGAGCCUUUUGGAGCUUAAUUUAUAUUCUUUGUACCUUUUUUUCUAAAAUUACCAAAGAUAUUACACAAAGGUAAAUUAUGUUCUCUGUUUUAUGCUUUAUCUGAUGAAGCCAAAUAUCCUCUUAUUGUUGAUCAAAGGAGGCGAAAGAAUUUAGAGGCAAUUGAUGAAAUAUAUAGGCUAUUGCUAACCUGAGAAAGAGAACUGCUCCUUCAUCAUAGAGUAAAUUUAGAAGACCAAGUAGGUAAUGGAACCAAAGUUGUUACUUUUUUUUUAGUUGUUGGUUUUUUUUCUUCUGCAUCUCUACAGAGACCAAAACUCAUAAAGAGAUAUUAUGGGGCUUUUGAGAUAAAAAUAGGACACAGUAUUAAAGGAGCAAACGAAGGAAGGGAGUCCCAUCUCGAAAAAAUAAACGUUGCCACUGAAAAUUAGGGCAUGUCCAAUAAAGGAGACAGUUAAUAAAAUACAGAGAGAACAGAAAAGCUUCCACAAUGGAACUAGACCACAUAAUAUAUAAUAGUAUUUCUAGAAAUACAUUUUAAGAUUGUAUGCCACUUUUCUUUAAGGACUGUGCUAUGAUCACUGCAUUAAUUUUGGUUUAUUUUGGCAUAUAUCCUCUGGUUUUUUUUGUUUUGUUUUAAUUUUUUUUUCCUGUUUUUCCCCUUUUUUCCUGCCUUUUGUCAGCGUUUUUCAUUUUUAAAAAAGUAACACUCCUGUCCACUCAUAAGCUUGGAACAAAAACUUUGGCAGUUAACUUUUGAAGCUUCACUCUGCUUUCUGUAUAAAGGGCAGUCUGUGGUCACUCGAGACUUUGUUUUAACUUUUCCAGGCAGCUUCAUGAUGUGCAGGCAGUAGCCAGACAGGGUCAUGGGAAAGGGGGGCCCUGUGCUUCUAAACUGAGUGGUUGCUGGUUAGUUUGGUAUUCAAAAGAGGAUAAAAAUCUGGUAGAUUAGUUCAUUCUCAGCAUGUGUAGCUAGACAUGAGUAAAGAUAACAGCAUGAGAAACUGUUAGUACGCAUACCUCAAUUCAAACCUUUAGGGAAUGAUUAAAAUUUUUAAAAAAAUAACAUUUCACUCAGUUGCACUUAGUCGUAUGUCUUGCAUGCUUAGUCUAAAGACUGUAGCAAAAAGAAAAAAAAAUUAGAUUUUACAUAUCUUUGCAGGCAUCACAGCCUUGCAGAAGAACCAACUGAAAAAAAAAAUUCUCAGGCUUUACAAGCAAGCAAACUUCACUCUGAUUUUUACAGUUCUGAUCCUGUAUCCCUUGGGGGUAUCCCAGUCGCUUCUUUAAGAUGGGGUUUAUUAUGUUGUACAUAUAUCCCGAUGUGUCUGUGUGAAUCCUUGUCUUUUUUGGGGGAGGGCAGAGGGCAGUUCUUUUUUUAGAUAUUGUUCCUAAAAAGGAAUAAAUGCAUACACCUGUUUGUCAAAACACCUUUGCUUUUUGUGCAACUGCUUUAUAUUAACGAUACUUUAAAAAAAAUAGCUUUGGAAAAAAACUACUGUAUGUAAUGGAAUUGCAGAAUAUGCUGCACAUGUAUUUUAUUUAGUUUUUCUUGCUUUAAGAAUAUUGGAUGACAUUUCCUGACAUGUGGGAGAGAGAAAUUCCCUAACUUUUUUUUUUUUUGCUUUUAAAUUGUAACAUAGUUACAUAGUUGACAGACUUUUUUUUUCCUGUUCUCAUUGAUCAGAGCAUUUUGUACAGGUUUUUUUGUGUGAGUGUGUGGGCAUGUGUGUUAAUCUGUUUUUUGAUACAUUCCUAUCCAUUGUGUUUAUCCUACCACUGCCUUCCUGGCUAUCUUAAACAAGUUCAUACAUUUGAAAAGAGAAAAAAAAAUGUUUUAAAAAAUGUUUCCUCCUACUGCAGUAAAUAUUUUGCAUGAUGAAAUUCCAGGGUCACACUUUCAAAGUUUAUCAGUGAAGUAGUGAUUAAUGGGAGUGUCAAAGCUAUUGAACUUUUUGUAUAAAAAAAAAAUAGAAAACUUUUCAAGGUGCCAAGAUGUAAACACAAUUUUUUUUUUUUUUAAAGAAAAGCGUACAUUAGGGAGAUGGUCCUUUGUAUCAGGCAAAUGCACUGUCAGGAAUGAGGAUCCACCCUACUUGUCCCUAGAGUCUGUCCUUGUAAGACAAGUUACGCUGCCCACAUUGAACCAGCAGUGAAGUGAAGUAUAAUACCAAGGCUUAUGUCCAUGAAGAGUGACCACCAGCCCUGCUGCCCUCGGACAGCUCUAACAUUAUUCCCAGCAUUCCAUCAGACCUGGUAAAGAACACCUUGGAUUCUUAACCCAAAAUGUGAUGGAAAUCACUAGCUAUUUUAUCAUGAAAAAAAAGUUAAAAAAACACCUCCACUCCUUUCCACAUUCCAGCUGAGCUCCGUUUCCAAGGAUACAAAGUAGUACCUGCUUAUAAGGAUUCUGAAUAUUUGGGGUACCUUUUGGUUCAUGGUAUACCCUUUUAAUCUUUUUGAUGUUUCUGAGAGUUGGUUUCGCUUUUUUAUCCUGAGAAUGAGACUUAACAAUUCUAAAGGCAUUUUGUGGGCCCAUGUAGUUCACAUGUUCUCUGCUACCAGAAGCCUUCAUGAAGAUGGUACAGUCCGGACCGUGAGCAUGGUGCUUCGUAGAUGUGUGCUGCCAGGAACAAGAAUUUUUUUUGUUUUGUUUUGUUUUGAUAAGGCAUAAAAGAAACUCAUUCCUUGACAUCAACUGUAAUUCCAUCAUUCCGUGUCUGUGGAUACAGACAAUAAAAAAAAAAAAAUGUUGUGUAGUCAGUACUAAUUACUGACAUUUUAGCAUUCUCAAAUGCAAUAAAAAUGCUGGUUGUUCACACUGGUAGUAAAAGUU